AUGAAGUACUUCGACAAACUUCUCAGACGACCUGUAACUACAACUCGCAUCAAAGCUUUGUCUUCGGAACCAACGGGCGUGACUCGAUUUAUCGGAUUCUUCGCCAUGUCGGAUCAACUCACAAUUAUCCCGCUACGUAUCGGCGGCAAAGAGACGGCGUCCGCCCCGUCCAUUCGCUUUCCUGUAUACUGUAACGCACAGCAGAAGGAUGUUUAUUUGGCCGAGUCUGCUGAUGCGACAACGGCGAAACUCGCUGCAGAUGCAGCUCAAGAAGCCUUCACAACUUGGAAGAAAGUUCCAGCAGUAGAUCGUCGCGAACUUCUGCAAAAUUACGCCAGAUCUUUGCGCGCGAAUACGGAAAGGCUCAUCGCUGUUCAACAGGAGGAGACCAGUGCGCCGGAUUUAUGGUGCCGGAAGAAUAUCGAGCUUGCCGUUGGUUUGGUUGAGGAAACCGCCGCAUGCAUAACCUCGUUGAACGGAUCCAUUCCGCAAACUAGUUCCUCGUUGGUUCUAUCUCUCGCAUUCACCGUCCCCAUCGGUCCUGUUCUUGUCAUUGCACCCUGGAACUCUCCCAUUAUCCUUGGAGCUAGAAACAUCGCAACGGCUGUCGCCGCUGGCUGCACAGUUGUGUUCAAGGUAUCUGAGAAUUGUCCUCAAUUACACCACCUUCUCGUUCAUCUCUUUGAAGAUGCUGGCCUUCCUAAGGGCAUAAUUAAUGUAAUCCAAGCAAGUCGAGAAAUGGCCAGUGAAGUGACCGAGGCGGUGAUUGCCCAUCAAGCUAUCCGGAAGGUCGAGUUCGUUGGCAGUGCCUCAGUUGGUCGUGCCAUUGGUCAGCUCUGCGCAAAGUAUUUGAAGCCUAUAUUCAUGGAGCUGGGCGGGAAAGGACCCGCUAUUGUGCUCGAAGAUGCUGAUUUGACGGCUGCUGCAAAGCGAUGUGUACUGGGCGAGAGAAUCAUAGUCGCGGAGAAAGUGGCAUCGGAGUUUCGCAAGCUACUACUAGCCGAAGUCGAAUCCUUCCCUGUCACGGACGGAGUCAGUCCCAGGAUCGUGGAAGCUUCUCGUCAAAAACUUCUCGAUGCAGAGAAGAAAGGAGCUACUUUCCUUUAUGGCGGCACUGACAAGCUUUCACCAUCAAAGCUUCGCCCAACAAUUCUUGAGGGAGUGACGAAAGACAUGGAUAUCUAUUAUGAGGAGGCCUUUGGCCCUUCUGUAGCUCUUUUUGUUGCCCGUGACGAUGAUCAUGCCAUUGAGAUUGCCAACGACAGCCCUUAUGGACUGAAUGCUGCUAUUCACACGCUGGAUUUCAAUCGAGCUUGGCAGAUGACUCAGGCUCUCGAUUUUGGUCAAAUCCAUGUCAACAAUAUGACACCCCAUGAUGAACCGACAUUCCCAAUUGGUGGGGUAAAGGGGAGUGGAUGGGGCCGAAACAAUGCCCUUUGGGGUCUACGGGAGUUUAGUGAAACGAAGCUGAUGACUUGGAGCGUCGAGGGACAGAAGUUUGUCUAG